AACCCAGUACUAGAAUUAAGUUGAAAUAUAGCGGGUUCUAUAAUCCACGACACUCUAUAAGAUAAUGAACGAAAGGAAAGGGUAGAAAGGAACCUUGAGUAGGUUAUAAAAGCAUUCGAAAUGUUUUAGUCAUUUCACCGUGUCACGCUUAUUAGAAUUAUUUUUCUUCUACGCGAAUCAAAUUAUGUUAAAAUGGAAAAAAAUCAACCAAUAAUUGCAUCCACUAAAGAAACCGAAAGUAAUAGUUUAAAGAAAGACGUACCGUUAGAAAAAUAUAAAAACGGUCUCACCAGUAUUAGAGCUAUUGUAUUCUUAUUGUUGUGGUAUUUUUUUAGCGGCUGUACUUUAUUUUUAAAUAAAUAUAUCUUGACUUACGAAAAUGGAAAUCCCACUGUUCUAGCUGCUUGUCAGAUGUUAAUGACAGCAACUUGUGGAUUUAUUCAAUUAUAUUUUCCAUGUGGUAUGUACAAACCUAUGCAGAGAUUAAGUAAACCUCCUGGUUUUUACCGUCAUAUGAUUUUAGUUGGUUGUUUUAGGUUUUUUACAGUUGUGUUAGGUUUAAUAGCACUUAAUUAUGUAGCUGUUAGUUUUACAGAAACUAUAAAAAGUUCCGCACCUUUAUUUACAGUUUUGAUAUCAAGAUGUCUUUUAGGGGAACAGACGGGAUUGUAUGUGAAUUUGAGUCUACUUCCAGUUAUGUCGGGAUUAGCUUUGUGUUCUAUAAAUGAAGUUAGUUUUGAAUUGACGGGGUUUUUGGCAGCAAUGGCUACAAAUGUUACAGAAUGUAUUCAAAAUGUGUAUUCCAAAAUGCUAAUUUCUGGAGAUAAAUUUAAAUACACUCCAGCUGAAUUGCAAUUUUAUACCAGUGUUGCUAGCAUUGUAGUACAAAUACCAGCAACUUUGUUGAUGGUAAAAUUUUCGUUUGAUGACAAAAUUGGAUAUAAACUUUUGUUAUCCUUCGUAUUGAACGGGAUAUUUUUCCAUUUUCAAAGUAUAACAGCUUACGUACUUAUGGAUUAUAUUAGUCCAGUCACGCACAGUGUGGCAAAUACGGCCAAAAGGGCGUUUUUGAUAUGGUUAUCGGUGAUAAUGUUUGGUAAUCCAGUGACAUUGCUCAGUGGAUUGGGUACAAUAACUGUGAUAGUUGGAGUUUUAUUGUAUAUUAAAGCGCAAGAAUAUGAUCAAAAUGACAAACUUACUUCUGGAAAUUUAGUUCACAGAAAGCACUUGUAUGUAUAAUUAAUGCAAUGUAUAUAUUGAUGUAAAUAUAUAUAAACGAAAUAGUGUGUUUUCAAUAAAAAUCCACGUUCGUUA